AUGUCGACCUCCCAAAUCUCCUCCGCCGCCCAACGCGCCUUCACCGCCGCCGCCGCCUACGACACCCACCGACCCUCCUACACGUCCCCCUCGGAAGCAGAUGCCUCAUCCUCCUCCUCCAAGGCCCUCCAAUUCCUCCUCGAACAGACCCGCGUCGCCGGCGUCCAGGGCGCCCACCUCCUCGACCUCGGCGCCGGCACGGGCAAAUUCACCGAGGCAUUGGCCGCGCGGCCGGAGAACUACCGGAUCACGGCGGCGGAACCGCACGCGCAGAUGAGGGAGGUUUUGGUGAAGAAGGAUCUGCCGGGUGUGACGGUGAUCGAGGGCGGAGCAGAGGAUCUGAAGGGGUUCGUGGACGAGGAGAGUGUUGAUGCGGUCUUUGCGGCUCAGGUAUGGUUUUUGUCGAUUUGGGCCUUCCACUGGUUCGCAACCCCGCUGGCCCUGCACGAGAUCCACCGCGUCCUCCAACCCCACGGCGUCCUCGGCCUGAUCUGGAACGCGGAAGACUACAACAGCCCGCGCACGCACGCCGCGACCGAACCCUGGCUCGGCAAACUCCAAGACCUCCUGUACUCCUGCGAACCCGACGCCCGAAAUCCAUCCCAGGAAGACGACCAUCCCCGGUUCCGUCACAUGCGCUGGCGCGAAGUCUUCGACGACGCGCAGAUCCGGGCCAACCCUUUCAAAUUGAUGAGCGGUGCGGCCUCGCAAUUGUUUGCGCUGCCCCUGGGCGAGUAUAAGGAGCAUUUCGAACAUUUCCUGACCGAAGAGGAGUUGUGGGGGAGAUUCUCGUCUUUGGGACAUAUCGCUGAGAUGGGAGGGGAAGAGAAGCAGCGCGUCCAUCAAGCUUUCCUCAAGAUCCUGGAGGAUCCCUCGGCGGAGAAGGAUGCUCAGGGUCGAUUGACGGUUCACGGCGAUAUUCAUAUCUAUUGGACUUCGAAGAUCCCAUCGGAAGGUCGCUCGACGUUGUUCAGUGUGGAGCGUUCUUGA